AUGAUUAACGUCAACAUGAAUCCAAUCACAUUUCUGAACGAGAUACACAAAAGAGGGGAUCCAAGGACAAGGGACUACCCUCUGGUCGUCAACCCCUUCUUCGUCUUCCCCCUGAUUCUAGGCUACCUGUACUUCGUCAAGGUGGCCGGUCCACGAUGGAUGAAGAACAGGGAACCCUUCGAGAUCACAAACAUCGUCCGCUUUUACAACCUCUGCAUGGUCGCUGUCAACGCCAGGUUUCUCUACGUCCUUCUGAAAAUGACCUACCUUCCAGGAGGACGGUACAGCCUCUGGUGUCAGGGAAUAACAGGAUAUAUGGACGAAGAGUUAACAAAGUACUACAAAAACGGAUGGUUUUUCGUCGCGGUCCGGUACGUUGACUUCCUGGAUACCGUUUUCUUCGUCCUCCGCAAGAAGUUCAGACAAAUCACGCACUUGCACGUCAUCCACCACACCAUCGUGGCGGCAAACGUCUGGUUCUUUGCCUUGUUCGUUCCAGAAGGACACCCCGCUUUUGCACUGGCCAUUAACGUGUUUGUGCAUAUCAUCAUGUACUCUUACUACUUCCUCGCUACCUUGGGUCCCGGAGUGCAGAAGUACCUCUGGUGGAAGAAGUACCUCACCACGUUGCAGAUCACUCAAUUUGUUCUUACCAUACUCCACAUGUCUAUCCCUUUGUUCGUUAACUGUGGGUUCCCCAGACACCUUAUCCUCCUUGGAAACGCGCAGACGUUCCUGAUAUUGUGUUUAUUUGUUAACUUUUAUAUACACGCGUACAAUCGAAAGAGUCCUUCAAAACGCGUUAAAAGUAGCACCGCGGAAAAUCUUCAGCAGAAUGGUGCAAACAAAAAGAACGCUUAG